AUGGACAGCUCGACGCGCAUUUUCGUAAAGGGCCUCCCACCCAAGUUCUCCGAAGCUGAGCUACGGAAGCACUUCUCCCAGAACGGAAGGGCCAUCACCGACAUUAAGUACUUCCCUGACAGGCGCUUCGGAUAUGUUGGAUUCAAGACACCUGAAGACGCUCAAGCGGUUGUCAAGUACUUCAACAGGACGUACGUGCGAAUGAGCCGCAUUGGUGUGGAAUUGGCCAGACCCAUCGAAGAGCGCGCGCCACCACCCACUGCGAGGCGAGGCACUGUCCAUGCCACCGAAGCGCCUCCAGCACUCGCCAAACGCAAGCGUGAGAGCGAAGCGACUGACAAGCAGGAUGAUCCGAAGCUGAAGGAGUUCCUCGAGGCUUACAAGAGCAAGAGCAAGAAGAAGGAAGCGGAAGAUGCCUUGAUGCAGGAUGUUGGAGAUGGUGCUGUGCACGAAGAGGCUACUGUCGAGAUACCUACUGCGGAAAGCGACGACGAAUACGAACAGGUGCCAAAGAAGGCGAGGCACGCCAAGGUAGACGCGCCGAAGGUCGACGAAACGCUCUCCACAGCAUUACCUACGGCCGAGGAAGUGAGCAAAGAGAUCAAUGACCAAAACGAAUCACCGGCUGUGGAAGGAGCGGCACCAGUAUCAGAUGCAGAUUGGGCACGCUCAAGGACUAGCAGGCUGCUCGGUUUAUUAGACGACGAGGAGGAGGAAGCUGUUCACAGCCGCCCCAGUGGUACAGACGACGAAGACGAGGGAGAAGAGACGAUCACGAAGAGCUCAAAGCCUGUCGAAGAGCCUGUGUCAUCAAUACCCACUCCCCCAGCCGACGACAAUUCGAAUCAACAGGACGAAGCUACAGCAGCAGAGCCAGUCGACGCAGACGUGGAAGCAGUCCGCAAAAGCAUGCGUCUCUUCGUCCGAAACCUACCAUACGACGCCCGGAAAGAGGACCUGGAGACCGAAUUCGAGCGUUUUGGCAAUCUUGAAGAAGUUCAUAUUGCUCUUGAUAAGAAGACUGGCACGGCGAAAGGUUUCGCUUUUAUCCAAUACAGCGACCCGGACUCGGCGGAACAAGCGUUCAUCGACCGGGAUGGACAGACUUUUCAAGGUCGACUUAUCCACAUCCUACCGGGAACAGCUAAACGCGAGGAUAAAUUGAACGAUUUCGACGUGUCCAAGCUCCCUCUAAAGAAGCAGAACGAAAUCAAGCGCAAGAGAGAGGCAGCAAGCUCCGUUUUCAACUGGAACGCACUCUAUAUGAAUACUGAUGCCGUGAUUUCGAGCGUCGCUCGUCGACUUGGGCUCGCAAAGUCCGAAGUCCUUGAUCCCACAAGCAGCGAUGCCGCGGUGAAGCAGGCUCAUGCCGAAACUCACAUCAUUCAAGAGACGAAGGCCUACUUCCGGCAACAGGGUGUGGAUCUGGACUCCUUCAAGAAGAGUCAUCGUGGUGAUACAGCAAUACUGGUCAAGAACAUUCCAGCUGAUUGCAGCAAAGACGAGCUAAAGCGCCUCUUUGAGGAGCAAGGAGAUGUCAAGAGAUUUCUCAUGCCUCCAGCCGGCACUAUCGCGAUUGUGGAAUUCGAUAACGCAGCCCAAUGCAAGGCUGCGUUUGGCACGCUCGCGUACCGCCGUGUUAAGAGCUCAAUGCUGUUCUUGGAGAAAGCACCAAAGGAUCUCUUCACUGCCAAGCCGGUCUCUGGUGAAGAAGAACCUCAAGGUGUAAGCAAGGUCAACACAGCAGAUUUGAAAGACGCAGAUCAGACCGUGCCGGAGACGACUGGUACAGUCACACUUUUCGUGCGAAACCUGAACUUCAGUACAACGACGAAGGUGCUUACUGAGGCGUUCACACCGCUCGCUGGCUUCUUAUCCGCUCGUGUCAAGACGAGGGAGGAUCCUAAGCGUGGCACCCUAAGCAUGGGCUUUGGGUUUGCGGAGUUUCGAACGACCAAAGAAGCUCAGGCGGCUCUCGAGACCAUGGAUGGCUACACUCUUGAGGGCCACAAACUUCAGGUGCGUGCCAGUCACAAAGGAGCUGACGCCGCCGAAGAGCGCAGAAAGGCCGAUGCGGCGAAGCGGUCCGCAGCACGAAGCACCAAGAUCAUCAUCAAGAACUUGCCCUUCGAGACGACGAAGAAGGAUGUGCGCGCCCUUUUCGGCGCAUACGGUCAACUUCGAAGCGUCCGUGUACCCAAGAAGAUCGACCGCGCUGCAAGAGGCUUCGCGUUUGCCGAGUUUACUACUUCGAAAGAAGCGCAAAGUGCCAUGGACGCGCUCCGCGAUACGCAUUUGCUCGGUCGUCGACUUGUUCUUGACUUUGCGGCCGAGGAGACUGAAGAUGCCGAGGCCGCCAUCGAGAAGAUGCAACAGAAGGUCGGCGCACAAGUCAACAAGGUUGCACUGCAGAAGCUCACCAGUGGCGGGAGAAAGAAGUUUACAACAUCAGGUGGUGAUGAAGAGGUGGAUUGA